CAUUUGCAGCCAUCUGGUCCUUCAAUAUGGCCAUCCAACAGGCAGAGACUCAGGCCUCUGCGCCAAACCCUCUGUCUGACUGGAGGCCGGCUGCUGAUCUGCACUCAGCCCGUGAUUCUGGUUCCUGUGGAGUCACAAGAAAAACUUCAGCAGAAGAAGAAGAAGAGGGGUCUGUGCAGCAGGAGGGCCAUGAGCUCCUGGUUCAGCUGGAACGAGCCGUACAGCCGGACCCCCCGGCGGGACAUGGAGGAGGUGGUCAGCGACACCCUGAUGCUGGAGUUCAACUGGCAGCUGAAGGAGGCGGAGAGGCAGCAGAGGGAGCGGGACAACGAGUACCGGCGGCUGCAGAGCGGCGUGGACUACAGCUGGCUGGCCAACACGCCCCGCUGCUCCUUCAACAUCAGCCCCGGGGAGAGCUUCGGCCUGGAGGAGCUCUGCUGCAGGGUGCCCCCCCCCUACUGCGGCCUGGUCAUACUCAAGUUCAGGGAGGCCAUGCAGGCCAAUGAGCCCGACGUGCAGGAGGUGUCCGGCCUGUUUCGCUCCGUCCUCCUGGAGACUCUGGACGAACUGAAAGAGGAGCAGGAGGCGCAGCGGCUUUCCAACCAGUGGAACAACAAGCGCGCCGUGAGCAUGUCCCUCAUGAACUUCAGGUCCCGCAUCAAGAUCAACCCGUUCGGCAGCACCGUGGGCCUGACCUCCUCCGUGGCCGACGGGACGGGGCUGAGCGACCUGAAGACGGUGUCAGAGGACGUGGAGCGAGCGCAGAGGACGUGGAGCAUGCCUGACUUCAGAUACAAAGGAAGCAGCAGCAGCAGUAAGGUCGUCUGAGGCGUUCACAGGACAGUGGUGGUGGUGGGACGCUUCAGUGGGACAGAUGUUGAUGUUCACUUUGCACCAAGCGAGGCAGGAUAAUUCCCACAAUUCUCCCUGUCUUUGCAGUAUGACACCAAUCACCAUUUCAUCAGUUCACACAUUAAAGAGUCGUGUUUUUCUCAGAUUCUCUGCAACUCGACUUCACUUGAAACCGUUAUAACUCAGUGUAAAAUAAUCAGCUCCUACGGUGAUGCGUUUUAUAUUUAGUAUAAAUUGAGAGCUAUUUCGUGCAGGCCGAAUAGGAAUAUGUAUUCAAUUUAAAUGUCAUUUAAAGGCUUUCUUGUCUCAUACAUGUUUCAGGAGCUUAUUAAAAAUGUUGUUUUAUGUCACACAACACUACAUGGCUGCAGAGGUGAAUGGUCUGUUCUGUCCGAAUGUAUGUUGCUUGAGAUUUCUGUAUGAAUUGUAUGUACAUAACAAAUGACUGCUAAAAGUCAAUGCUCAACAUUAACGUCAUUCAGAGGCUGAGUCAUGCUCUCCCUUUACAGACU